AUGGCCACCAUCACAGCAACCGAAGUUAUCAUCCUCCAAGCGGCGAAACAUUCAGGACUCAAGGUUGGGGCCUCCCAUAGCGUUCGCAAUUCCACCAGUGCUGCUAGAUCCGAGCUGCAGCUCAAAAUCGAGUCUUCAGAUCCGCCUUUUCGAUUAGGCGUCACUCUCCGCGUGGUCCUCUCAGUUUUUCAACUAUGCAUGAUUAAUUUCCUGGCCAGCCUCACCAACAGUAUUAUCACCGUUGGGCUACCGACGAUCGCGGCAUCGAUAUCGCUUCCAAGGUCGCUUUAUUUGUGGCCAGCGUCCGUCUAUGGACUCACUGCCGGCGCAACACUUCUGAUUGCAGGGUCGAUAGCGGAUUUGAUAGAACCUCGGCGCGUCGAAGUAUUUGGGUGCAUCCUUUUGAGCGCCUUUACCCUCGCUUGCGGCUUUGCAAGAACAGGCAUUCAGUUCGUUAUCUUUCGAGCCCUCCAAGGCGUCGCUAUGUCAAUGCACUUGCCCGCAUCGGUUGCGUUGGUCGCGGCCGCAGUGCCCCAAGGCAAAAGCAGGAACAUCUGCUUUGGAUGUCUCGGAAUGAGCCAAACUCUGGGGUUCUCGGCAGGACUAGUCCUCAGUGGAAUUAUGAUCCAGAAGACUGGAUGGAGAUCUGGCUUCUAUCUUUCAGGCGGGGCGACAUUCGUAGCUACUAUUGUUGGAAUCUGGUUCCUGCCGAACGCUCCACCCGCGGCUCCUGUCACAGAUGGAGAGCUCCACAGGUCAACACUGGCUCGAAUAUGGGGGGAAAUCGACUGGGUUGGUGGUAUCAUUGCCUCUGCUGGUCUAGCGAUGAUCGCGUAUGUCCUCGCGAUUCUUAGUGCCGACCUGUCCGCAAUCCAUAAACCGGUCACUGCAAUCCUGCUCGCGCUCAGCCUCACCCUGCUCCUGGCCUUCCCUCUCUGGAUGCAUCAACGUGAGCGUAGCGGCAAGCCCGCCCUAAUCCCGAACAUUAUUUGGAAGAAAAUCCCUUUCACAUCUACCUGCAUCAUGGUUGCACUAUCAAACGGCGUCAUGAACUCAAUGGAGCUCUUCUCGAGCCUCUACUUCCAAGAAAUUCAAAACACAUCCACGCUAUUCACCUCGCUUCAACUGUUACCUAGUUUACUAGUUGGAGCGGUCGUCAAUCUCAGUGUCGGUUUAUUCGUCGACAAAAUGCCCGCGAGGUGGCUCGUUACCAUUUCAUCCAUACUGUGCGCUAUUGCACCAUUGCUGAUGGCACUGGUAGAUCCGAAAUGGAAUUAUUGGUACAUGGAGUUCUGGGCACAGGUUUUCUCACCAAUGUCUGGUGAUGUGCUGUUUACUGUUGGCUUAUUGAUUGUCUCGGAUGAAUUCCCUGAACAGAUGCAAGCAUUGGCCGGUGCGGUGUUCAACACUGUAGCACAGUUUGGGAUGAGUUUGGGGAUAGGUGUAUGUCAGGUCGUCGCACUGGGUGUUAGGAGCACCGGAGAGCAUGGCAGUUCGCCUCAAUCUAGAUCCGCCAUGGCUGAUAGCGACAAUGGGCAGUCACUAAAAGGUUACCAGGCUAGCUUCUGGACCAUGUUUGCCAUAAUGCUCACAUGCAGUGUGGUUGCAAUUGGCGGGCUGAGGAAGGCCGGCAAGGUGGGCGUGAAGAGGGAGUGA